ACAACCUAAUUAUUCCACCUAAAUGUAACUGCUAAUAAAUGUACAACUAGAAACGGAUUGCUACCCUUUUUGCUGCUAAAAUCAUCAAGGUCUGAAAGCUAACCUAAUUAUAUCUUCUCGAGAGAUUGGAAAUUAACAGCUUGAAGUGAAAAGAAAAAAUAUAAAUGGAAGACGAUAUUACGAACUUAGUUGUGGUUGGAGUGAUUUCAUGGACGACAGGUUUUGUGUUAACAAGGAGGAUGUUCCCAAAGCGGUCGUUUGAUUUCUGCAACCGAGUUGUUUCUACGAUUCAUGCAACUUUAGCUGUAAUAUUAUCAUCUCUCUCCGUUCAAGAUUGGAGCUGCCCAGCUUGUCCUUUGGCUUCAAAGGCUUCCCCAAAGCAGAUGCAAACUCUGGCAGUGAGUCUUUCUUAUAUGAUGUAUGAUUUAGUAUGUGGCUCCUUUGACAAGCGAUUCAGUCUCGACAAUUCAAUCCACCAUCUGGUCAGCAUCGUCGGAUUUGGAGCAGUCCUGGCCUAUGGGAGGUGUGGAUCGGAGGUGAUGGCUGCAUUAUGGAUAACCGAAAUCUCCAGCCCCUUCCUCCACCUGAGGGAGCUCCUCAAAGAGCUUGGAUACAGGGACACUGACCUUAAUUUGGUAGCCGAUAUUUUGUUUGCAGUGGUAUUUACAAUGGGUAGGAUGGUUUGUGGACCUUAUCUCGCUUACGUGACUCUGUCUGCUAGCAAUCCGUUUGUCAUAAAGGCAAUGGCAGUGAGCUUGCAGCUGGUUAGUGCCUUCUGGUUCUACAAAAUCAUGAGGAUGGUGAAGUACAAAUUGACCAAGAGGACAUCUUAAAACUGCUGUCUCAAACCUAUUCGCAACCAAAAAAAUAAAUAAAUUGUUAGUGGGCGGGCUCUCGAUCGGCAUGCUUCACAGCCAACCUCAUUGCGGUGAUGUUUUUAUGUAGACAUUCAGUGACCCAUAAUUCUUUUAUCCCUUGAAAUAAAAAUAACAAAAGUUACUCGCAUUA